AGCUUUCUAACCAGUAAACAGGCACGUCUAAUGAAUAUUAAUGAAGCUUUCUACCAAUCAGAAUGUGAGAGCGCAAUGCGCGUGUCUUCAGUUUUGCGCAUAUAACGGUUUGGUCCAUAUCGGUGCGCACUGAUGGAGAUGUUCACUUGUUAGUGGUCGGUCGUCGUUGUAGACACCAAGACGGAUCGUUCAGUGACUUGGUGGACACACGCAGAGGAGAUUUAUGAAGUUAAAGGGACACUUUGUGGAUUACACAAACUAUUAAAUUAGAUUAGUAGUUAAAAAGUAAGAUGCGUCUUUGUCCAAACGUCCAGUUGAGCUUUUAUAAAUGAAGUGGUCAUGGAAAACACCAGUUCUGGAAUACAUGCAAUUUACCAUUUAUUCCUUAUAUGGCUCCUACUAUGCCCUCUGUGUUCUCAAGGAAGUUGGAUGCCGACAGGAGAGGAGACCCGGUUCUGAUCUUUGUGUCACACUGCUCCGCAUCACAGGUGGUUGGGCUUCACCUCUGUAGGAGUGCUCGAGAAGAUGGGCUGCGCGCAUUUGCCCCUAUCGCACAAGCAGAAGGACCUGUGCGCGCGCAAACCGCACCUUCUACCCAGCGUUAAAGAAGGCGCGCGCCUGGGCAUCACCGAGUGCCAGACCCAGUUUAAGCACGAGCGCUGGAACUGCUCGACCAGACGGGACCCGUCCGUGUUUGGAUACGAGCUCACCAGCGGUACGAAAGAGACGGCGUUCAUUUACGCAAUAAUGGCGGCCGGACUCGUUCACGCCGUCACUCGCGCGUGCAGCGCGGGAAACAUGACGGAGUGCGCGUGUGACGGCAGUCUGGCGGGCACAGGGUCACCGACGGAAGGUUGGCACUGGGGCGGCUGCUCGGAUGACAUCGCGUACGGGACCUGGUUCAGUCGCCGGUUCAUCGACAACUCGGUGAAAAACAUUUCGAGCCGCGGUGAAGACGCCAUGUUUACCAUGAACCAACAUAACAGCGAGGCUGGGAGACAGGCGAUUGCCAAGACAAUGAUAACUGACUGCCGGUGCCAUGGCGUGUCGGGUUCGUGUGCAGUAAAGACGUGUUGGCGCACAAUGGCUCCUUUUGAGCGUGUUGGCGUCUACCUUAAGGAGCGCUACGAGACCAGCGUUCAGGUGAUGGACCGUUUCAAACGUAAGGUGAGACGCAAGGAAAAAGACAACCGGCACAAGCCCAUCACCAAAGAGGAGCUAAUCUUUCUCAACAAAUCACCCAAUUACUGCUUAGAGGACCGGCGGUUGGGCGUGACGGGGACCAGGGGCCGCAGAUGUAACAGAACUUCAGCCGGGCCGGACGGCUGCAAUCUCCUGUGCUGUGGGCGGGGCUAUAAUACGCACGUGGUACGACACGUAGAACGCUGCGAGUGCAAAUUCGUUUGGUGUUGUUACGUUCGCUGUCGUCGCUGUGAGACGAUGAGCGACAUGCACACCUGCAAGUAGAGCAGAUUUGGACAGGGUGGGAAAAAUGGAGACCACACCUCGUGUCGAAACUUCUUGCGCAAACCCUUUAGGGCCUAGCAAACAAGGGUGUUGACGAAAUAUCCAAGGCAACCGAUGAUCCAAAGCAAGAACUGGGGAAGGGGGGAAUGGCAUAAUCCUCUUCAAUUUCACAUGCGCAACACUUCCCAUGGGCUUCAAAUGGGAUUCAAGCCAUUUUGUAUAUAUUGACUUUGGACCUUAAAUAGUUUGCUGGAAAAGACCCACAUAGAAAAGUGUAAAUAGAUGUUUACCUUAAAAUAUUUGAUCUAUACUGAGAACGAAAGAUGCAUCCUUUAUUUUAAGAAUAUUUUCAAUGCAAUUUAUGGCAUUUGUCAUAAAACUAAGUAGUUAAUGAAUGUAUUGUGCAAUUGCUCAUACACAGCAAUAGCUCAUACGCUGCAAAAAGUGAAAGUUGGAUCUACUUGAAAAAUUACUCCCAACUGGUAACACCUAAAAAAUUUCCACUUAAAUUUUUUUUAGGUGUUAUCAGUUGCAGUUAUUUUUUAAGGUAAUCCAACUUUAAUUUUUACAGUGUAGUUUCAACAUUUAAUGUACAUAUUAAGUUAUGAACAAUUGUCUAUGGCUUACAACCAUGCUUUGUAUAAAAAUCAUGUAAAUUCUUCUUGCUUGUGAAUGCUUUUUAUAUAUCCUGUAUACUUCUUUUUUCCUCCCAGAUAUAAUAAUUUAAUUUAUGCAAAUUUCGCAAGUAAUUUCUAGGGCUGUCAAAACUUUAAUUGCGAUUAAUCGCAUACAAAUUAAAAGUUUGUGUUAGCAUAAUAUAUUAAUGUAUAUAAAAUGUAAUGCACACAUACAAAUUUAAGAAAAAUGUAUAAUUUUAUUAAAUUAUAUAAUCCGAUAUCAAUAUUUAUAUAUAUUAGUCAAAGGAUUAAUCACGAUUAAUCACAUACAAAAUCAAAUUUUGUUUUUGCAUAAUAUAUGUGUGUGCGCGCUGUGUGUAAUUAUUUUGUAUAUAUAAAUACACACACACAUGCAUGUAUGUAUUUAAGAAACAUUUACAUGUAUGUAUAUUAAUUUAGAAAUUUAUAUAUUAUAAUUUUCUUAAAUUUAUACAUGUAUGUGUGUAUUUAUUUAUACAUAAUAAUUACACACAAUACACACCCUAAAAUAUUAAACAAACUUUUAUUUUGUAUGCAAUUAAUCGCGAUUAAUCUUUUGACAGCCCUAAUAAAUAUCUAUGUCUAAAUCUAUAUCGAUAUAGAUAUAUCUCAUGCAAAUGUUUCUUAAAUUAAUGUAUGUGUAAAUAUUUUCUAUAUACAAACAUAUUAUGCAAAAACAAACUUUUAUUUUGUAUGCGAUUAAUCUUUGGACAGCCCUAGUAAUUUUCAAAAGUGUAGAUUAUGGAUUUGUACUGCAGCUGGAGCUUUAUCGACUUGUAAUUGAAAUGUCAUGUUUAAAGGGUUUACGUUUUCAACAUA